UAAUGGUGAAAGUAGCGGGAGAUUUGAGGGUUUUGUUAUUUAUUCCUCUUUUUGCCGCUUCUUCAGUGUGACAGUGGCAAUGGUCCUGACCGGCAGAGAAAGCCUGAUUCGAUUAAUCGGCAAACGGAGGCGCUUCCUUCCCAAUCGCCACUCCAUCCUCUCCGAUCCUAACCCUAACCCUAACCCUAACCCUAUUCAGGCCGCGGAGCCUCAAAACGACGACGUGCAGUGCCCUGUUUGCGGCCACAACCUUCCCGGCGAUAACCGCCACAUCAACUCUCAUCUCGAUGCGUGUCUCUCCCAACCGACACCAAUUACUGCAACUAAGCGAAAGCUCUCCCAACGCACACUACUUCAGCUAAACUUCACUCUAUCAAAUUCCAAACCUAAAUUCGAGAAUCUCAGUGAUGACGGUAACACUGCCCCGGUGCCGCCUUCUCCCGAUUCCGAAGAAGAAGAAUUGAAACAUGAAGUCACUGAAAAUCACGAGGCUCAACUUGAUUCUACUGUUAGUGCCACCUCAUCUUCCUCGCCCUUGAACAGUGGGGUGCAGGAUGAUUACGAGCCACGCGAACUUGGCACGACGCUUGAAACUUUCAUCGUUGGCCGGAGAUAUGCUGAUCACCGAGAAGAAAUACGUGUUGGCACCUCGAUCGCUCUUUUGAGGGACCCUCGAAAUGUUAAGGACCCCAAUGCCAUCAAGGUUGUUUCUGCGGAUUCUGCUUGCUGUAAGUCAUUGGGUUUUCUCCCCCGCGAGCUCGCCCAGCAUCUAUCUCCUCUUAUCGACAACUAUGGCCUUGAAUUUCAGGGGCAUGUCACUUCUGUUCCAAAACAUUCCCUUGAUAUUGUUUCAGUACAGAUUAUGUACCACAGAACAUCAGAUGGUGAAACCAAGUCUGCUGAUGAGAUCUUUAAAAGCUUAUGGAAAAAUGCGCAACGUGUUGUUGAAUUUGCAAGCAGGAAUCCUCCUUCAUCUGUAAAGUAUCAGCUGAACUUUUGUGUUAUGCUACAGGAAGUGUUAAGAAAUAAUAUCCACCUUCUUACUGAAGAAGAAAAAUCCUAUAUGGAAUCAUUCACUUUACUCUCAAAUGACAGUCAGAGGCUUUUUAUCCGUCUAUACCCUAGAAAAGGACCUUGGUUUCGCAUGUCUAGUAUAUCAUAUCCUGAAAUAUUGGAUACUCAAAAGGCAGUCAAGGGACUUGCUGAGAAAGGAUACAUAGAUUUUAUUGAAGAUGCAAAUCAACUAUGUGAUAGCAAUGUGAACGAUAUCUUGAAUAUCCUCAGUGUCUCUGAGUUGCGUGAAAUUUGGUGCAUUUUACUUAAAAAGAGUGGCGGUCAUGUGAUGAAGAAGCAGCAUCUGAUUUCAUCUCUUUCUACAGAUGCUGACAUACUAUGGCCACAACUAUCAACUAUGAUUUUGGAUAGAAUUGGUUCCUGUAUUAUGAUUUCUUCAAAAGCUGAAUCUCUUAUGUGGCGUAUUGAGAGACUUUUCUUCUUAAAUGGAGAACAGGAUCUUUCGUCCUUUCUACUUGUUGAUAUGGGAAAAAUCAAGUAUCCAGCUUAUAACUGCUUAAUAUCAGAACCAAUUUUCUCAAAUUGCAGGAAUCUGCUCUCUUAUGAAGAGGCCAUCGAAGUGGCGCAAAUUAUGGAUGAAGCUCUUGAUGCAAACAAAAUUGAUGUGGUGUUAAGGUGCAUAAAGAUAGCUGAAUCCUGUAUAUCUACUGAUUUGCCCAUCCAGUACUCAACUUCUGAAUCAGUUUCUUCAAUUCGUCACUUAUUUACAGCAUCAUGGGUAUACUCCAAAGUGGUCACAGUAGGGAUUUCCUUCCUUGAGCAAGAGCGUAGGUACACUAAUGCAAUUAACUUACUCAAGUUGCUGCUAAAUAUUUUCACUUGUGAUGUUCGAAGAGGAUAUUGGGCACUGAGGUUGUCGAUUGACUUGGAACACUUGGGCUGCAUUGAUGAGAGCCUUCAAAUAGCUGAAAAUGGGUUGCUGGAUACAUGGAUACGUGCUGGUUCAAGAAUGGCACUGCAAAGGCGAGUUCUUCGCUUGGGCAAACCACCAAGGCGAUGGAAAGUUCCUAGUUUUUCUAGAUCUGCUCUGCAGAAAAUCCCUGAGGUUUUUAUUCAAGGGAGACCAUUGAAUUCUGAAUUGGGAGCAAAGAACAGGUACUACGAUGAAGAGGGGAAGCAAUGUGGAGUGGAAGAGCUUGCUUUGCAUUACUAUGCUGGGGCCGGAGGUGGAUGGCAAGGCAUUCAUGCAGAGAGUGGCAUAUGGUUGACCAUUUUUGGGCUUCUUAUGUGGGAUGUCAUAUAUGCCGAUGUGCCAAAUGUCUUCUAUACUAGAUUUCAGAAUGCUCCUUUAGAUUUUGGCACCGAUGGCUUUUAUACUGCAAGAAAGAGUUGCAUAGAAUCCCAUCUGCAACAAAUUCGUGAUGGCAUGGCUGAGGAGUUUAUUAUUAAGUCAUGGGAAACACAUGUAGGAACAGCAUGCAGAGGAGUUAAUUGGGACUGCCAUUCCUUAGAUGAGCUUCGCGCUGUUGUUACUUGUGUUGGGGGUACUUGUUUGGCAUCUUUUUGCCAACUUCUGGCACAAGACUAUCGGAGCUGGUCUAGUGGAAUGCCAGAUUUGCUGCUAUGGCGUUUCCAUGGAGAUUACAGUGGUGAAGCCAAGCUUGUUGAAGUGAAAGGCCCUAGGGACCGACUCUCAGAGCAGCAGAGAGCAUGGUUAUUGCUUCUUAUGGAUUGUGGAUUUAUGAUUGAGGUUUGUAAAGUGAAACCUUUGUAGAGAGAUCUACACAAAUCGUCACAAGUUGCUUAAAAUUACAGUAGACAUUGAAGCUUAUUGCUCUUGCAAAAUUUUCAAAUCGCGAGUUAUUCACGUUGCUGAAGUUCAUAAUUCAUUUACAUACUCUUGGAAAGAAAAGGAACUGCUCUAUUCCAAAAGUAAUAGGAGCUCUGCUAGAAUAGAAGUAUAUGAUGAUAGAGUCUAUGAACUAAUGACAUCUUGGAGCCCAGGUCGAAAUACAUCAGCCUCCUAUAAUGAAGCAGUAGAUGGAGUUGAGGUCAGAUUCCAUCAUCCUAUUAUGCUUGCUGUUGCCAAUUCUUCUUUCAAUUAUUUCAUUGUGAGCUUCCGUAUCAUGUCUUAAAUUAUGUAUGUUAAGGGAGACUGAUAUUGUGUAUCUUAAUUUCUUCAAUAUAUAUAUACAUUCGUGCAAGGCAUAUUUUUCCUA